AUGUCCUUCUUCUCUCCUAAUCCUUCCCACAAUAACCCUCAUUCCAUCACUCCCUUUCUCCAAAACUGUGACCUCCCUCCUCCUCACAAACUCUUCUUCUUCUCCUCUUCAACAUCAUCAUCAUCAUUCAAACAUGAAUGGUUUCAGAGAAUGGCAUCAUCAACACCAUGCAUGUGCAUGGGAGGGGAGAGAAGAAGCACACUGAGAGCAUUGCAGUUGUGUCAAACAAGGGCAAGGGAGGCAGAGAAGAGAAGCAAGAAAAUGGCAGACAUGUUACUGAGAGAGUCAGUGAAGCUUAGUGCUUAUAAGCAUUGGGUCAAGAUGUUGGAGAUUAGAGUUGUGGUGUUGGAGAAUGAGAAUGAGAAUGGGAAGAGGUUGUUGUUUGAACAUGAUGAUGAUGAUGAUGAUGUCGAUGUUUCUUGGUGCUAUGUUUUUGGCUAUAUUUGUUUUUGGGGUUGCAGGGAUGGGGUUCAUGCUUGGAAGAUUGUUUUGAAAAAUCUCUGA